AGAGAACAAACGUUACGUUAGACAACACGCCAAAAACAAUCACAAUGAUAAUCCCAGAAUUUAUUCUCACGACGUUACUCGUUGUAUACUGUUCAGCAUUCAGAGCCACGACACCGCUUAUUAAAAAUGUGCAGAGAGGUGGUAUACACUUCGAGGGUCCUCAUUGGUCAGCUGCGGAAAACGCUCUCUAUUGGGUCGACAUACAAGACCAAAAAGUUUACAGAUUCGACGCUGAAACAUCCAAUAUCACUUGUAAAAGUAUUGGAUACGGCCCAGUGUCACUGGUUGUAACAGUGAAAGACUAUCCGAAGCUAAUUUUGGUAUCUGUGCGAUCCGAACUAUACUUUUUGUCGUGGGACUCAUUCGAAAAUGACAGUUCUCUCAGGCUAUUGAGCGUUGUAGACCUGGGCCUGCCAGACAACAGGUGUAAUGACGGCAAGGUCGAUGCUAAAGGAAGAUUGUGGUUUGGUACAAUGGGCAAGGAAGUGGAUAACAACGUGGACAAAGACCAAGGAACAUUGUACUUGAUGGAUGAGCACAAUUACAUUGAUCCAAUGGAAAAAGUUCGUCCAGUCACCGUCUCCAACGGCAUAGCGUGGACUGCUGAUAAAAAGUUUAUGUUCUACAUCGACUCUCCGACUAGGAACGUAGAUGUAUUCGAUUUUGAUCUCGAAGAAGGUUCCAUUCGGAACAGAAGGACACUCUUCAGUUUCCAAGCAAACAAUGUGACUGGGGUACCGGAUGGAAUGACAAUUGACAGUGAUGGUAAUCUAUGGGUUGCCUGCUUUAAUGGAUGGAAGGUAAUAAAAAUUGACUCCAGAGCUGGUAAACUUUUGGAACAGCACAGGUUACCGGUUUCAAAGGUAACAUCAGUGAUGUGGGGAGGACAUGAUCUGUCUACACUUUUUGUGACAACCAGCAAGGUCGGCCUGUCUCAGGCAGAGCUGAAUGCACAACCUGAAGCAGGCUCUCUAUUUGCAAUCGAAGGCACAGGGGCCAAAGGACUGCCUGAAAAUCAAUUUGUUUUUGCUAAUGCUGCAACUUUUUAAUUUUAAUAAAAUGUUGUUAUAAUUUGUUACAUUUUACA